AUGUUCAAAUCCGGGAUGGCAGUUCUCUUCCACAGGCCUCCCAUUGAUCUCGAUCAGUCGGCUCUCAAUAUACCCAAUAAUCUCCUCUUCAUGGUUACGUCGAUCAAGGACGGCGAUCCUGACUUCCCUCAUGUUCAAACGUACUACGACACCCUCAAAUACCUUGGCUCUCUCUACUUCGAGCUGUCAAAAGGUUUCAGCCCUAUUCUAGAUUUGCGCAUCAUAGUCUUCUUCACAUUCCUACCAAAAGAGUUCGUGGAGCUUGCAAGACAGAAGCGUCCCCGUACUCUAGUGAUACUCGCCUACUACCUGACCUUUGUCCGAUUGAUGAGGAACGGAGUUUGGUGGAUGCGAAAUAUCAGCGACCGCGAAGUUAUCAGCAUCUACGAUAUUCUUGGUGAGGAGUGGCAACCUCUCUUACGAGUUCCAAUAAUGGCUCUGUCCGUUGACAACAAAGCGGACCUUGCUAAGCUGAUCAUGGAGAAUGACAAUUGGGAGCCAACAAAGAUUGAAGAGUGGAAAAUAGAGCGCGAUCACGAAACCAGAACUCUGUCCAUGCAAGGCAGCCAGCUCAUUGGAAUGCUGACAUCGUCCGUCUUCCAGACACGAAUAGAUAUGGAUGUGAAGACGUAA